AUGCAAGCAUCAGUUGAAAAGAUAACAACACAUGCACAUCAUCAUAUGGCAUGUAGUGAGAGAUUUUUGUAUCCAUCCAUCGUAGCAGUGGCAGGUGUAGCAUUGUGGAGUUGUCAAGCAUAUAGUGUUAAACGUGCCAGAGAUAAAUGUGGUAUUCAUGCACCAGCAGUUAUUGGUGAUGAGGAAUUAGAACGUACAUUGGUAAAUUAUCAACAUACCACUGAGGCGUUACCAGCUAUCAUUCCCAUGACCUAUGUCUUUUCAGCUUUGAUUUGUCCAAAGAGAGCUUUGAUUCUUGGACUUGGAUGGGUUGCUACUAGACUUGCCUUUAGUUGCUCAUGUAUUUGUGGUGGUCACAAGGAAAACAACUGCUUUAAAAAUUUGCAUAUGGUAGUUGGACAUGUGAGUCAUUUCGGUCUAUUAUUUGGAAGUGCCUAUGGUGUACUUGAAGCUGUUUUAAAGAGAUGUGAUCAUUUAAAGAAAUGUUGUUAG